AUGGUCGUGUCGAAAGAUCUCGAAGAUGGAUUCGACCUGGACAAAAUCGAUGCGGAAAUCAAAAUUGAGAAGAUUCGCCAAACUGCGUCAAAAUUAUCUUGGGAUGGCUUUCAGCAAGCGCUUCGACGAAACCUUAUGGAAAAACGUUUCGUUUUUGAUACCGAGGGUCGAAUUGACUUGUUGCAAGCAAUUUCAACAAUAAGACGCAAUUUGCCAGUUGACAAAAACGCGGAAUUACCAGUGAGGCUGAAGCAGCUUUCCGACAGUUUGGAGUGA